GAAUAUCCCCAAUUGGAAUCAAAGUUGGCUUGAAACAUACGAGGCCAACAAAUUGGACAAAAUAACUAAUUUUGAUUUGUCCUCAAACUGAUAUAACCGCCAUUGUCACCUAACUCCACAACACGCUUUCUGCAGAUUUAAAUUAUGUAUCAUUCUUCUUCCUCACAACACACAAUACAAAGAAUCAGAUAUAGAAAAUGGCUUCAUCAAAUGCCUUAUUCUCUUACAUUCUCUGCUUCUUCAUUCUCAUUGUCACAUUGGCAUCUACUUCUUCCGCUUCCAAUUCUGGGGUAUCAACUACAACUGUCCGUUCCCUCCUUCAGGCCAAGACAGCUUGCAAAGUUGACAUGGAGAAGCUGAACUACACAAUAAUCACAAGCCAGUGCAAGGGGCCACAUUAUCCACCAAAGAUUUGUUGCAAUGCUCUAAAGCAAUUGGCAUGCCCAAUCUCAAAGGAGAUCAAUGAUGAGGGAAGUGAUUGUGCUCAAGUCAUGUUUAGCUACAUUAACAUUCAUGGAAAAUACCCUCCUGGCCUCUUUGCUAAUCAAUGCAAAGAAGAAUCUGAAGGUCUUAACUGUGAAAAUGUAGUAUAUCCUCCUUCUCCUUCUACAUCUUUUAGCUCUCCCAAACUUUCUCAUCAUGCUUCUCACCCUAUCAUCUUGCUCUUCUCUGUUGCUGCUUUCUUAGGAGGCUUCUUGUUCCAUUGGUUCUAAACAUGUAUGUAUAUAUCAUCAAUUUGAAAUCAAAGUCUCUUGUACCAUAUUAGAGAGCAUGUUUGAGUGAAGAAUAAUAAGGUUCCAUCUCUCAUAUUUAA